ACCAGUUCAGAAAGUCGUCUAUAUUACAUUUACUCUCGACACUACACUUUGUCUGGCUUGUUCUUGAAUAUUUGUUGAGAAAGUGGGCUCAGGGACUUGAGUUGCUCUGGUGUCGUAUGCGCACUUGGUUGCAGGGUUGAUUCACUGGAAUGAUCCACCUACAGCUUGAGGGAACUUUAAAAUAUGGGUCAUUAGCCUUUCAAAAAGGUCAUUUUGCAGUCUCUUGUGGCGCGUGAUAUCUCGACGUAGUCAUGCGGAGCUCAUCAACUUUGUCUAAAGGUGAAGUGAUCACGGCUUUGUCCGUCACUGCUGGAGCCAUGGCUGUGGGUUUCCUGAUCCAUAAAACAUUAUUCUCCAAAGCCAAAUGCGCGAAGCCCAGAGUGAACCUGGACCAACAGAAAGACAACCCCAAAGUGGUGCAUGCUUUCGAUAUUGAGGACCUGGGUGAGAAGGCUGUCUACUGUAGAUGUUGGAGAUCUAAGAAGUUUCCGUACUGUGAUGGUGCCCAUGCAAAACACAAUCAAGAGACUGGGGACAACGUGGGCCCUCUGAUCAUUAAAAAGAAGGAUGCAUGAGUGUGAGAGUUGAUGUACUCAUCGUAGAUGUUUGCAAUCCCAUUGAAACAAUGACAGAUUGGUAUACAUUUGCCUCACAUCUGCAACUAAGCUCGUUGUAUGAUUAAGUUUUCUUGUCAUAGCUGCUUGUGUCUGAAUGUUCAUCAUUAACAUGGUCUCAUUCUCUAUCUUGUCUUAGUGUAGGUGUACACUAUAUAUUGAGGAAUAUAUUUUCCACCCAAAAGUUCAAUAAUUACAGUUGACUACUGAUGUUGGUGAUGAAAUUAAUACCACAUUUUUCUGGUUCUUAUUCUGAUCCCUGAAUGUUUCUCAGUUGAUGGGUGAAAUUACUGUAACCAAUGUUGACAAAAGCACUUAAGUGUGAAUGUGGUGUGAUGGAGUGUACAAUUGAAAACCAUGAAAAAAAAUAAAUGAACUGUAAGAAAAA